ACGGCCAGUUUCUUCUGACAACAGAGACAUGUCUAGAAUUCAUCUCCGGAGGUGGUUGCUGCCUGUUCCUCCAGCCUUUUCCCCUGAAGAACAGCCUCUUCCCCUGAAGAACAGCCUCAGGUGCAUACAUAAUGAGGGAUAUUGAUCUGCAUUUUUCCUGUGCUGAUGUCAACGUCAUGCUGGCCUCAUAAAAUGAGUUCUGGAAGAUGCAAAGUUCAAGAUCAAGGUGCCAGCAAUACAGUACAUGGCCAGAGCCUGAUUCUUGACUUACAGACAGCUGCCCUCUCACUGUGCUCUUGUGGUGUUUCUGGGUAGUAUUUCCAUGGAUGGUUUAAUCAAAUAUCACCAGUGUUCCAGACAAAACAAGGAUUUCAAAAAUCUUCUAAAUCCAUCCGCCUAAUGAAUACAGAAGAGGAAAUGGAAGCCCAGAGAGGUUAAGAAGCUUUCUAAAAAUCAUACAAGAUGAUCCCGGCUUCCCAGUUGGUCUUCUUCACCUGCAUCUGGAUGACACUGAUGCCAAAUGCUUUUGCUGCUGCUGAAAUCAAGAAGCCCCACCAGCGCUGCGCCUCUUCAAUGAAACGGACCCGCAAACAAGAAACUAGAAUGAGGAAAGACGACAGUACCAAAGUGUGGCCCCUGAAAUGUAAGCAACUUCUCCAUAUACAGGACCAUGAUUUUGCAAUGAGACCUGGAUUUGGAGGGUCUCCAGUGCCAGUGGGUAUAGAUGUCCAGGUUGAAAGCAUUGACAGCAUUUCAGAGGUUAACAUGGACUUUACGAUGACUUUUUAUCUCCAGCAUUACUGGAAAGAUGAAAGGCUUGCCUUUCCCAGCAAAACCAACAAAAGCAUGACCUUUGAUCAUAGAUUAAUCAAAAAGAUUUGGGUGCCUGACAUCUUUUUUGUCCAUUCUAAAAGAUCCUUCAUCCAUGGUACAACUGUGGAGAACAUCAUGCUGCGUGUACACCCUGAUGGAAACGUCCUCUUCAGUGUCAGGAUAACUGUUUCGGCAAUGUGUUUUAUGGAUUUCAGCAGGUUUCCUCUUGACACUCAGAACUGUUCCCUUGAGCUGGAAAGCUAUGCCUACAAUGAGGAGGAUCGAAUGCUGUACUGGAAACAUGGAAACAAGUCCCUAAAUACUGACGAACAUAUUUCACUUUCUCCUUUCUUCAUUGAGGAGUUCAGUGCAUCCAGUGGACUUGCCUUCUAUAGCAGCACAGGUUGGUAUAACAGGCUUUGCAUCAACUUUGUGCUAAGGAGGCAUAUUUUCUUCUUCCUGCUGCAAACCUAUUUCCCGGCUAUGUUGAUGGUAAUGCUUUCCUGGGUUUCAUUUUGGAUUGACCGAAGAGCUGUUCCUGCAAGAGUUUCUUUGGGGAUCACCACAGUGCUGACCAUGUCCAUGAUCCUCUCCGGGGUGAGUGCCGCCACGCCCCAAGUGUCCUACAUCAAAGCCGUGGACGUGUACCUGUGGGUCAGCUCCCUCUUUGUCUUCCUGUCAGUCGUUGAGCACGCAGCCGUGAACUACCUCACCACAGUGAGAGAGCGGAAACAAUUCAAGAAGACAGGAAAGAUUUCUGAAAUGUACAGUAUUGAUGCAGCUCAAGCCAUGGCCUUUGAUGGUUGUUACCAUGAAAGUAACAGUGACGUGGACCAGACUUCCUUUUCUCUACACUCAGAAGAGGACUCCAUGCAGGGAAGAUGCACAGGCAGCCUCAGCACAGAUUCACCUCGGAUAAAGAGAAGAAAAUCGCUAGGAGGGCAGGUUGGUAGAAUCAUUCUGGGGAACAACCGUGUCAUUGACACCUAUUCAAGGAUUUUAUUUCCCAUUGUGUACAUUACAUUUAAUUUGUUUUACUGGAGUAUUUAUGUAUGA